AUGUUCCCCAUCGUGGUGAUGGCGAUCAACUGGAUCCGCAGAAAUCGAAGGGUACUGAUUGUCCUGUCCACCAGCGUGCUAGUCAUACUUCACUUGGUUAUGGGAAGAAUGGGAGAAUAUGAAACAGAGUCCAACCCGGCAAUCUACGCGAAUAUUGAUUCCAACCAUGUCAAGACCCAGAGCGAGCUCAUGAGCGCAGGUUUGGCCGCCGGUUGGACUCUCGAUCAAGAAUCAGUUCUAUCAAAUUCUAUCGAGAUUCCCACCCACCCUGUAUUCAAGUCUACGGGCUCUGCGUACACAGAGCCAACUCGAUUGGACCCCGCUCGGCCAACGUCUGGAGAUGCGAAAACGACUCCGUUCAACUUCACCCCGCCUUUCCGUACAAAGGGACGUCAUAUCAUCGAUGCAGCUAAAGUCCCCCUCAGACUCGGCAGUAUCAACUGGUAUGGUGCAAGUGACAUCGAUUUUGUUCCUGGUGGGUUGGACGUUCGACACCGGGAUGAGAUCGCGCAGUUGAUCCGCCGGCUGGGGUUCAACAGUGUCCGAUUGCCCUACGCCGACGAGAUGGUCAGGGCAAAUCCGGUCAUAGACGACAGGGUAAUCUCUAAGAACCUAGAUCUGUAUGAUGGGCAACGAUUAGUCCCAGUUCGGGCUUUGGAUGUAUUCCACGCCGUGGUGGAGAGUCUCACCGCGGCUGGGCUCUUGGUUAUCAUCAACAACCACAUCACACAAGCGACAUGGUGCUGUGGCGCUAACCCCUGCGACGCCGCAUGGGCCAACGACUGGCUUUUUGGGAAAAUCUUCUGUCGCGUCUCGCAGAGUGAGGAGGAGUGGAUUGAGAAUUGGGAGACGGUGAUGCAGCCGUUGGUAUCGAACCCGCUAGUCCUCGGGGCGGACCUUCGCAACGAGGUGCGUGGGCUUUGGGGAACGAUGCACUGGGAGGACUGGGCCAAGGCAGCCGAGCGAGCGAGCGAACGCCUCUUAGCAUGGAACCCUGAGUGGCUGAUGAUCGUCGAAGGAAUCUCCUCGGCGAAUGACUUGGCCGGGGUACGGAGAAGACCUGUGCAGCUCAGCGUACCGGACCGGGUGGUAUACUCCGCACAUGUGUAUCAAUGGUCUGGUUGGGGCCAGUUAUAUCCAUAUUCACGCAGGACAUAUGAGGAAUUUGCGGCGGCGAUGCGAGAGAACUGGGGGUACUUGAUAGAGGAAGAUGUAGCGCCGGUGUGGGUGGGGGAGGUUGGCACACCUGAUGAACCCACGGACGGAGACAUGAACUAUUGGACGCAUUUGGUGGAAUAUUUGGAAGAGGUUGGAGCGGGCUGGGGGUAUUGGGCGUUGAACGCACGCAAGGCCACGGGGGAGAAGGAGAGUUAUGGCUUGGUGGACUCGCGGUGGGACUGGCCCUCGGUUCGCUGGGAACAUCCCGCAUGGUCGUUGGUCAAUAGAAGCAGCAGAUAG